AGCGUCUCCCCUCCCAGGGAGAGGGAGAAAAGGCGGAGGUGGAGUUGCUGCUUCACAGACUCAGAGUCGCUCCUGCAGAAAGUGGGGAGAGACAGAUUGAAAAGCAGGGGAGGGGGGACGGCACGGCCGUUUACCUGUCUGCCUCCUCCUUCGAUCUCUCCUUUCGUUCUGCUCACUCCGGGUGUCAGCCUGACCGCCUUCCCAAACCCUCCCAUUCCCCGGUGCCCCCCCCCACUUUCCUUCUCGUCCUCUGUGUUUCUCCUCUCUUCUUUCUUCCCUUCCCCCUCUGAUACCGCCACCUUCUUUCCUACACGUAAGCAGGCAUAUAUAAACGUAGAUUUUUGAUGCUCCUCUGCCUGUUGACCCCGCUAUUUUCAUGUUUCCAACAGGUUUUUCUUCCCCCAAUCCCUCAGCUGCUGCUGCUGCACAGGAGGUCAGAUCUGCCACUGAUGGUAAUACCAGCACUACUCCGCCCACCUCUGCCAAGAAGAGAAAGUUAAACAGCAGCAGCAGCAGUAGCAGCACCAGCAGCAGUAGCAGCACUAAUAGUAGUAACGAGAGAGAAGACUUUGAUUGCUCCUCUUCCUUCUCAUCCAUUCCACCCUUACAACCCAGGGAUUCAGCAUCCCCUUCAACCUCCUCCUUCUGCCUAGGUGUUUCAGUGGCUUCUUCUAGCCACAUACCAAUACAGAAGAAGCUACGUUUUGAAGACACCCUGGAGUUUGUAGGGUUCGAUGCGAAGAUGGCUGAGGAAUCCUCCUCCUCCUCCUCCUCAUCUUCACCAACUGCUGCUACAUCUCAGCAGCAGCAACUUAAAAAUAAGAGUAUAUUAAUUUCUUCUAUGACUUCGGUGCAUCAUGCAAACGGCCUAGCCAAAUCUUCUACCACCGUCUCUAGUUUUGCUAACAGCAAGCCUGGCUCUGCUAAGAAGUUAGUGAUCAAGAACUUUAAAGAUAAGCCUAAAUUACCAGAAAACUACACAGAUGAAACAUGGCAGAAACUGAAAGAAGCGGUAGAAGCUAUUCAGAAUAGUACUUCGAUUAAGUACAAUUUAGAAGAACUCUAUCAGGCUGUAGAAAAUCUUUGUUCUUACAAGAUUUCUGCAAAUCUGUAUAAACAGCUGAGGCAGAUUUGUGAAGAUCACAUCAAAGCGCAGAUUCAUCAGUUCAGAGAGGAUUCAUUGGAUAGUGUUCUUUUUCUAAAGAAGAUUGACAGAUGCUGGCAAAACCAUUGUAGGCAAAUGAUAAUGAUUAGAAGCAUUUUUUUGUUUCUGGAUAGAACUUAUGUUCUUCAGAAUUCAAUGCUACCUUCCAUUUGGGACAUGGGACUAGAAUUAUUUAGGGCUCAUAUUAUAAGUGAUCAAAAAGUCCAGAAUAAGACAAUUGAUGGCAUUCUUCUCUUGAUUGAGAGGGAGAGGAAUGGUGAAGCAAUUGAUAGAAGUUUACUCCGAAGCCUUUUAAGCAUGCUUUCUGAUUUGCAAAUUUAUCAAGAUUCUUUUGAACAGCGAUUUUUGGAAGAAACUAACAGGCUCUAUGCAGCUGAAGGCCAAAAGUUAAUGCAAGAAAGAGAGGUUCCUGAGUAUCUUCAUCAUGUUAACAAACGUCUAGAAGAAGAAGCAGACAGACUUAUUACUUACUUAGAUCAGACCACCCAGAAAUCAUUAAUUGCUACUGUUGAAAAGCAACUUCUAGGUGAACACUUAACAGCAAUUCUUCAGAAAGGUUUAAAUAACCUCCUUGAUGAAAACCGAAUUCAAGAUUUAUCUCUCCUAUAUCAGCUCUUUAGCCGAGUUCGAGGUGGAGUUCAGGUUCUCUUGCAACAGUGGAUUGAAUACAUCAAGGCUUUUGGGAGUACUAUUGUUAUUAAUCCUGAAAAAGAUAAAACCAUGGUUCAAGAAUUGCUGGAUUUUAAAGAUAAAGUUGACCAUAUAAUUGAUAUCUGCUUUCUGAAGAAUGAAAAAUUUAUCAAUGCCAUGAAAGAGGCAUUUGAAACAUUCAUUAACAAAAGACCAAAUAAACCUGCUGAACUUAUAGCUAAGUAUGUGGACUCAAAGCUUCGUGCAGGAAACAAGGAAGCUACAGAUGAAGAACUUGAGAAAAUGUUGGAUAAAAUCAUGAUCAUAUUUAGAUUUAUCUAUGGCAAGGAUGUUUUUGAGGCCUUCUAUAAGAAAGAUUUAGCCAAACGCCUGUUAGUUGGGAAGAGUGCAUCUGUAGAUGCUGAAAAAUCAAUGCUGUCCAAACUUAAGCAUGAAUGUGGAGCUGCUUUCACCAGCAAACUUGAAGGAAUGUUUAAAGACAUGGAACUUUCUAAAGACAUCAUGAUUCAGUUCAAACAGUAUAUGCAGAAUCAGAAUGUUCCUGGGAAUAUUGAAUUAACUGUGAAUAUCCUGACAAUGGGUUAUUGGCCAACAUAUGUGCCUAUGGAAGUCCAUUUGCCACCAGAGAUGGUAAAACUACAGGAAAUUUUCAAGACAUUUUACCUAGGUAAACACAGUGGCAGGAAACUCCAGUGGCAAUCAACCCUUGGACACUGUGUGCUAAAAGCAGAAUUUAAAGAGGAUGGAGAGUUAAGGAGAACACUGCAAUCAUUAGCUUGUGGCAAAGCUAGAGUCUUGGCAAAAAAUCCAAAGGGUAAAGACAUUGAAGAUGGUGACAAGUUCAUUUGUAAUGAUGAUUUCAAACACAAACUUUUCAGGAUAAAGAUCAAUCAAAUCCAGAUGAAAGAAACGCCUGCUGAUCUAAAGAAGAGAAUAGAAUCUUUAAUUGAUCGGGACUACAUGGAAAGAGAUAAAGAAAAUCCAAAUCAGUACAACUAUAUUGCUUAGAAUGUUGGCCUUGAAGCAUUUGUUGUCAUGCUGUAGCCAAUGGAUAAACUAAUUUGUUGAUCCUAUAUUAUUUGACUUCUUUUAUACUAUGGAUGACCAAAAUGAAGCAAUGUUAAUGGAAAUAAUUGAGUGGACUUUCUCUCAGUGGUUAACAUGCCCAUUUUAAAGAGUAAUACUUAUCUUUAAAAGAAUGUUGUUGAACUCUUUGCAUGUUAUUUAGUAUGAUGUGAAGAAGUCUCUUAAGAAAAGUUCUUGGUCUUUAUGAUUCCUCUUUGGAACUGGGGAAGAGAUCCCUGUGGCUAUUCAGUUGUGUUGGGGGGGGGGGUUCUUAUACACCAAUAACUAUGAAGCAAAAGGUUUAUUUGCUUAAUAUGUCAUUUAAAGAUACUUAAACUGCAUGCAAACUUUAUUUACUGUACAGAAUUCUGGAUGUAUUUAUCAAAUAGAAAAACCACCUUGGACUUGAUUGUUCACCUGUUUUGUGAUUUCCCUUGAAAAAUGAAUUGUCAUAGCUAUUGAUAUUUUACUAGAUAAUAUUCUGUUAUGCUGAAAGCGAUGUUUGUAAAGAAAUCUUAUUUGGAAACAGGUUUUGAAGUAAGGCAACAGUUGGUUUCAUAAUAUCUUGUGUAGUUAAUCUUAAAAUUUUCUGUUUGUGAGUAUGGGAUAUUUGUAUAUGGCUUAGCCCUCAGUUUACUGUGCUAAUUAACUGGUACUUACAAAAAUAGCUGGAACAGAAAAAUUUUCUGACCAGGUCAUACUAAAGAAACAUCAUAGGAGAGAAAAAUCCAAUUCUUCCUUUAUAUUAUAAAUGAAUCUAAUAUGAAAAUUGCAAAAGAGACCAAAAUCAAUGUUAUUUGUAAGUUAUUUCAGGAGCAAAAAUUCAUCAAGUAGUUUUCAGUAUGCCUUAGUCUUUAAAUGUCGUUUGGAUAGUUCGUGUGUGUGUGUGUGUGUGUGUGUGUGUGUAUGUGUGUG